UCGACAUGUCUGCAUUGGAUUGGGCUGAAGUGCACGAGUUACAGGCGCUUUUGCGCAACACACAGCAGCGCAGCACCGUGUACAGUCUUGCUGAGAGGAACUGGGUCGAGGUGAUAUCGAAACUGAUCGAUUUGAAUUUGAUCGAGCUGAUGCACACGCUCGACGGCAGCGAGUACCUCACGCCACAGCAGCUGGAACGCGAAAUAAAAAGCGAGCUAUCGGCCAGAAGAGGACGAAUCAAUCUGGUCGACUUACAUCAAGUGAUUGGUGUCGACUUGAGGCACGUGGAGGUAAAAGUUAGCGAAUUAAUACACCGAGAGAGUCAUCUGCAGCUUGUACAGGGAGAGUUGAUUGACAGCAUGUACUUGGAUCGAAUGGCUGAGGAGAUCAAUGAGACUCUUCAGGAGGCUGGCCAAUUGACGAUUGCAGGAUUGAGCAAGACGUUUGGUUUUCCAGCAGAUUUUGUUUUGGCGAAUGUAGAGGCUCGUAUGGGUAGUGUUAUUUACGGGAAACUCGACAGUCUCAAUAGAGACAUUCUCUUCACGGAUUCUUUUGUUGCAAGACAGACAUCACGGAUUCGUGGAGUUUUUAGUGCAGUUACAAGACCAACACCCGUCAUGUCUCUCAUCAUCGAGUACGGAUUUCAAGAGAAGCUCUUCUUCAGUGUCAUACAAGAUCUCAUCACUAGCAGCCGACUUGCUGGCUCAAUCCAAGGCCAUCAUGACAAAGCCGUGUUUGUACCAGAAAUAUAUGCUAAAACGCAAAUGACGUGGAUCCAGUCAUUCUUUACACAAAAUGGCUAUUUGGAGUAUGACACUCUAUCAAGGUUGGGUAUUGCUGAGCCAAAGCAGUUUUGUCAGAGGAGGUUCGGUAGCGGUGAGGAUAUCUUGCUGUUGUCUACUUGCUGCAUUGGAAGAACAGUAGUUGAUCAUGUGGAAGUAUCUAUAGAUGAUGCAAUGGCAUCAGAAUCUUGGAUUGACAUUAUGCCGUUGUUGCCGUCGCCGUGUACUCGAGACGAUCUCGGCUCGUUUGCCCAACAAGUCAUCACCAGUCGAAGACAAUCAUCGUCAUUGCACGUUUUUUGUGACGGAAGGAUAAUAGUCAGCGAGCAGCUUAUCCAAAAGUGUCUCAAAUUAUUUGAUAAAUUGAUGGCGGAAAAAGCUCAAAAAGAGGUAUCAAGGACGAGAGUAAAGGCAGAAGAUCAGGCACAAGGGAAAGCUGCUGCUGCUUUGUUGAGUGAGACGAGUGACAAGCCGUUGAGUAAGAAGGAGCAGCGGAAGCAGAAAGUGCAGUCUGGUGGUUCUACUGCAGGCCAACAGGGAAGAGGCACGGGAAGAGAGAAAAAAGUACAAAAAUCUAAAGACAAGAGACGUGGGAAGGAUGAGGAUGACGAUGAUGUUAAGACUACGAGCAGCAAACAGAGGGAACAUGUGGAGUUUUUGUCAGUUGAGGAGAUUAUCGAUGUUUUGCAACCGAAUUUGAGCGAGUGUCCAGACGAACUCUUUCAAGACCUAGCUGAAUAUCUCUUCAAGCCUUUGGCACGUUCAUACCAUGAGGUGGUACACUCUGUGUUUCGUGCUGAAAGCCACGAUGGCAAAGGUGCAGUACAGAAAAAGCGUCACAUGGAGUAUGAAGAAAGGAUCAAUGGACUGUAUACGAAUACUAGACUCUUCCACAAGGGAAUCGACCUUUUCACAGGCGAAGCUCACCAGCUGUUGACACGUCAUCUACUAAGGACCGUUUGUGCAGAGAUUGUCAAUGUCUGUGUUGCCAGUGUGGCUGAAAGUAACAUGCUGGCUUGUGCAGAUCCUGCAGAGUUAACAACAGAGACACGAGCUCAAGUGCUAGUUCAAUUGCCUGCUGGUGUGAAGUCUCCAGUGGUGAAACUUCAUAACAGUUUAAACAGCCAGACAAUCGACGAGUUCUUUGAUCGUUUGAUCGUCGUAUGUGAACAAGAUGUCUGCCAGUUCAUGCUAAAAAAGGUUGACAAGAAACGAGAAAGGCAGGUGGUUUUCUCACAUCGUCAGUCGCUAAUGGAACAAUUAAAACGAGAAGAGGAAGCCGCUAUGGCAUUGCAUCUCACGACUGUCAUUCUGUUCAUGCAGCAGACUCACUGCAUGAUUCAUGCUCCUGGUCGAUGUGUUCCUCACAUCAUCACCUUUCUUGCUGAUAAAUUACCACCUGAACAAUACAAAGUUUUGUCUGACUAUCAGUCUCUUGUAUUACAGCAGCUGAUGGUUAGUAGACAAUCAGAUGGCGAGAAGCAGGAAGAAGACGAAGAAGGAGCAAAGCCAUCGGACAAUGACAUGGCAGCUGCUGUUGUGAGUAACUUGGAUGCUUUGAAAAACCUCGUUUUUGCUAGCAAAAAGAGUUUGCAAGAAUCAGUAGGUUAGAGUGUUUAUUUAUGAGUGUUUGAUAUCAAUGGCCUAUUGUUUACUAUACUGAGACAUCGUGAGAAAUUCCACUUGUACACUGUACUGUGGUAGCAAUGGGUUUGAGA